AUGUAUUGGUAUGAUGGCUCAAUAAGCAGUACAUCCCUGUUGAUUUCGAACUCCAAAAGAACAGUAGCUCCCCAAAACGGAAUCCCAGAGGGCAUCUAUGAUAUCGACAGCGAGUUCAAUCUCGUCAUUAAGAACGUUGCCGCCUCCGACGCGGGCACCUAUUUCUUCCAAGUGAAACCGGAUUUGAAAAUGAUUGCUAAAGGGAAGGUUGAAGUUUGUGAUAAGGUCUCCCCAAAGCUUCCAUAUCCUACUGUCAUCGGCUGCAUUCAAGACAUUCACGACGAAGGCAAGUGCGAGGUGAGAGCACGACACGACAGCAAGGUGCAUAACCUAACAUGCGUCAUGGAGCAGGUCAAACCUGCCGUGGAAUUGAGAUGGAUCCGUUUGUUUUUGGGCGGGCUGACGGAACUCAACGCUUCCUCAACAGUCAGAUCUGUAGUUCUACCGCCCUAUACUGGGUCGUCGUUGAGGAACAAUACCUAUUCAACGUCAGCAUCUGUCCAAGUGGCGGCAAUCGACGACAACGAAGUAUAUGCGUGUGAUGCGUUGGGUGGUGUUGUAGGCAGAGACGCACGCAUGAUAGUACGCAUCACCAAAAUUCUGCCCACAACGGCAACCUAUGAUGAAGUUCAGUCCGACAAGCCAGAAAGUACGGUGGUUUUGGUUGAAAUAGUAUCACGACUCUCCCGGCCCCCUGGAUUAAUUGCUGGUUUGAUUGUUGUAACGGUCGCCGCUUUAAUUUUCGCUUUCAUAUCUAUCCGGCUUGGUUGUGAAAGGAAGAAUCUCAACAAAACUUACAAGGCAGAACGUGCACCGAACACUACUGAUGACGAGUCUUACCCGAUGAAAGGUGAAAAUGUGUGA